GUACCGGAUGCGCGACGUGGACCACAAGAGCCUUUACCUGCGCGACGGGCGGCUCGUGGCCGGGCACCUGCAGGGCGCCAACGCGGCGCGGGAAGAGGAGGUGUUUUGGGUGCCCAACCGCGCCUUCGCGCCCGCCCGGCUGCCCCUCGUCAUGGGCAUCCAGAACGGGUCCCGGUGCCUCGCCAGCGCCCCCGGGCCCCGGCCCAGCCUGAGCCUGCAGGACGCCGACAUCCGGGAGCUGCCCCGCGCCGGGGCGGCCUCGGCCGCCUUCACCUUCUUCCGCUCGUACCGGGCCGGGCUCUGGCGCUUCGAGUCGGCCGCGAACCCCGGCUGGUUCCUGUGCACCUCGGCGCGGGGCCACCAGCCCCUGGGGCUCUCCCGGUGCCACGAUGCCAGCACCCGCCUCGACUUCUACUUCAGCGCCGCCGAGUGCCCGGAGCCCGGCACCGGGGACCGGGACCCCCCCGUUGGGGACCGGGACCUCCCCCCCGCUGACCCCCGGUGACGCCCCGGGCCAAUAAAGCUGCCGAGGGCACC